AUGUCAUCAUCCCUGACAGAGGAAUGGAGUGAGCUCAUGAAGGAGCUCUCCAAAAUGGAGGUUGUUCAUCAUGAGUAUAUGAAGAAGUUAUCGGAACUUACAAAGGUGCAGGAGUCAUGUCUCAAAACAGUAAAACAUGAGCACUACAUCCUGAGAAAUUUCAAAUGCUCACUGGAAGAGGCUGAACGGAAUGCUUCCACUACUGAGGAGAAAGAAACUGUCACGAAGAUCCAGAGAGAAAUGACCGACGUCCUUGCGAAGUUAGAAACAAUGGAGUCUGAACUGCCAAUACCUCAGAACGGAUUCUAUCUGUCGCUCAUUUUGGGGAAGAAUCUCAAUUUAUCCUUGUUAACAAAGAGUGAAAAAUACAAGUAUAAACAGGACUAUGAGUUGUUCAAGUGGAAAGUAACGUUGGCACUUAUAUUUGCUAUCAUUCUUUCCUAUUUGUUCCCAUGGAGAGUGGUGGACUCGAUGGGAAAUUUCCUUAUGGUUUGGUAUUAUUGUACACUAACUAUCCGUGAAACUAUUCUCAGGAUUAAUGGAUCUCGAAUCAAAGGUUGGUGGGUGGCGCACCAUUAUUUGUCGUGUGUACUUUGUGGUAUUGUGCUAACAUGGAAAGAUGGGGAGUGCUAUCAAGCGUUCCGUCCGCAGUUCCUUCUGUUCUCAUUCUAUAUAUCUUUCCUGCAGUUACUCCAGUCGCAGUACCAAUCCGGCUGCCUCCGUCGGCUUCAUGCACUUGGUCAAGGACACCAGAUGGAUAUUACUGUGGAAGGAUUCAAGAGUUUCAUGUUCAAAGGGCUCACUUUCUUGUUACCCUUCCUGGUGGCUGGAUAUUUCCUCCAACUCUAUAAUGCUUAUACUCUAUGGUACUUGUCCUACGACUGCGAAGGAGAGUGGCAGGUUUGCGCUAUGCUGUAUGUUCUUCAUUCUGGCUGUCGGUAA